AUGCGUUCUGUGAAACUUGGUUCAAUACAACAAGUUUUCGGUACAAACAGUCAUAAUAUUUGGUUAAGAGAUCACUGUAAAUGUGAUGAAUGUUUUCAUAAAGUAACCAAACAAAGACUUGUUGAUACAUUUAAGAUACCGGAAGAUCUUGAAUCAGAAUCUGCGUUACCAGAAUCAAAUGGAAUAAAAAUUAAAUGGAGUGAUGGACAUACUAGUUUUUUUAGGUGGACUUGGUUGAGAAGGCAUUCUUAUGAUCCACAAUUUGUUGAUUUUCAACCAUUCUUACAAAAGAAAAUAUUAUGGGAUGCGAGGAUUAAAGAGUAUCCGCCGACUGUUAAGUACGAAGAUGUAAUGAAAUCUGAAGAAGGGUUAUCAAAUUGGUUAUUGAACAUUGAUCAAUUUGGAUUUUGUUUUGUUGAUGGAGUGCCACCUAAAGUUGAAGAGACAGAAGAAUUAGCUAAAAGAAUUUGUUUCAUAAGAGAAACUCAUUAUGGUAGAUUUUGGGACUUUACAUCAAAUUUAGAACAUGGAGAUACUGCAUAUACAUCAUUAGCAUUGAAAGCUCAUACCGAUAAUACCUAUUUCACUGAUCCAUCUGGGUUACAAAUGUUUCAUUUAAUUGAGUUCAAUGGUACGGGAGGAUCGUCAUUAUUAGUUGACGGAUUUUGGGCGGCUCGUAGAUUAAAAAUGACAUUUCCUGAAGCACAUAAAAUAUUAUCCACAAUUCGUAUUCCUGCACAUUCAGCAGGUGAUCCUAAUACAUUAAUUGAACCGACACCGAAUGCUUAUCCUAUAUUAAAUUAUAAUCCUUUAACAAAUGAAAUUUAUCAAAUUCGGUAUAAUAAUGAUGACAGAUCAACGUUAAGUCAUUUAUCAUCGAAUGAAGUUGAAGCAUUUUAUGAUGCAUUAAGAAAAUGGAAUAAUAUUUUAAUUGAUAAAGAAAAUGAGUAUUGGGUAAAAUUAGAACCUGGUAGAGCAUUAAUUUUUAAUAAUUGGAGAGUAUUACAUGGUAGAGCUGGAUUUACUGGUCAUAGAAGAAUAAUUGGAGCUUAUUUAAAUUGGGAUGAUUAUAGGAGUAAAUUAAAAAUUUCUAAUUUAACUAGAGAAGAAAUUGAUGAAAUGAUAUGA